GAGAGAUGAUUACAGAAGAGAUGAACGUAGAAGAUCUCGUUCUUGUAGCCAUGAUCGCUCUUAUAGAAGUUCUUCACGAGACAGAAGAAAUUCUAGAGAAAAUUCUCGAGAAAGAAGCAAAUAUUCAGAUUCUUAUAAUAACAAUAGUAGGAGAACUGGCUUCCGCUCUCUCUCACCUUAUC